GUUAAAAGAAUGCCGGAUGAUAGAAUGGUAAAACUGCUAUGGGUUGAUGUUCCAGGGAGAAAACGUCCAUUGGGUCGGCCCCGCCUCAGAUGGAGAGAUAAUAUUACAAACAAACCUAAAAGCCAUGAAGAACGAAGAUGGCCCCGAUUGGAUGGAUAGGGAAGGAUGGAGAUAUGUGGUUUAGUCGGCAAAAACCCAGCCAGGGUUGCGAAGCCACGGAUGAUGAUGACGAUGACUAUGAACAAUGGGAGUAAAAAUAAAUUGGCAUUGUCAUGUCAUUGUAAUGGUGCGAGAUGCUAAAAAGACAAAGUUGAUUAAUCUACCGGAAGCCGAUAUAAAAGCGUUAUGCCACAAAGCAAUUCAAAUUUUAGCUUCUCAGCCAAUGCUUUUGGAAUUGGAAGCUCCUAUAAAAGUUGGAGGUGAUAUACAUGGUCAGUUUAACGACCUCCUCAAACUUUUUCAGUUUGGAGGUUUUCCCCCAGAUUCCAAUUAUCUAUUUCUUGGAGACUAUGUCGAUAGGGGCAAACAAUCACUAGAGACGAUGUGUUUGCUUUUAGCCUACAAAAUAAAAUAUCCUGAAAAUUUCUUUUUGUUGCGAGGCAACCACGAAGCAGCUCAAGUUUGUAAAAUAUAUGGAUUUUUCGACGAAUGUAAGAGGCGGUAUAGUACGAAAUUGUUUAAAAUAUUCACAGAUGUAUUUAAUGUAUUACCUGUAGCAGCUUUAAUUGAUGAUAAGAUUUUCUGUUGUCAUGGCGGCCUCAGUCCAGAUCUUCUACACGUUGGGCAAAUUAGAAACAUAAAACGACCUACAGAUGUUCCUGUAGAAGGUUUACUGUGUGAUUUGUUGUGGUCAGAUCCCAGUCCUGAUUUUGGUUGGACUGAAAAUGAUCGAGGAGUAUCAUUUUCAUUUGGUCCUGACGUAGUAAACAAGUUUUUGCAGAAACAUGAUUUUGAUUUAAUUUGUAGAGGACAUCAAGUAGUUGAAGAUGGCUAUGAAUUUUUUGCUCAAAGAAAAUUGAUAACACUCUUUUCGGCACCAAAUUACUGUGGUACAUUCGAUAAUGCCGGUGCACUUAUGUCAAUCAACGAUGAGCUCUUAUGCUCGUUCCAGAUUUUAACGCCGAAAAAGAAACGAAGUUCCUAGCUUAAAAUUUCCUUUUACGAAAAUAAAUGAUAUAAGUUAUAGUUCAUAUCAUUUAGAAAAAUAAAUUUUACAAAUAUAGAAUGUAUAAGUCUUUACAAUUACAUAUUAGGUUACAACCACUGUAGUUAGCACAAAUAAGAAUAAAACGUUUUUCCCAGCUAA